AUGAAUUUCAGACCUGUGCCGCGAAGGAGUGGGUGUUCUAACCAAGGAGCUGGAGUAUUUUCCUUUGUGACACAGGACGCGCGUAACCGCAUUGCCCUCCACGAGUUAACGGCGCAACUUUUCCAUGAACAAUCGCAAAAGGGCACCUCCGGAGACGGUGCCAUCUUGGUUUGCCCAUGGGAUCCGACUUUCCUAUAUCGCUUGACUUGGAACGGGGCAUGGGUCUGGGCCAAAGCCGUGCAAUCCGGCAUGGCCACUCGCGAAAUUCCGCCCCGAACGUAUGAAUAUCUCGCCAUCAUGAAGAAAGCCCAUGUCUACCACAAGGCUACCUCGGUCAAUGACCGAGUGAAGAUGCGAGGGGCUCAAUUGCAGCUUGAAUUGUCUCCAACUUUUCACCGCGCUGGAGGUUCUCGCGAAGCCUUUUUUGACAAUCCGGCCAAACUUUUAUUUCAAACUCCAGCCACCGUGAAGAGAUCUGCAUCUUUUGCGGGUUUGGGAGUGUCUGACAAGGAGCAUAAGGCUAAAUGCCUCGCAGAUGUCACCAAAAAAAUCAAAUAUGAACCAGGUUCCCCUUCCAAAAAAAACAUGUCGAAAGCCAUUACGAUUCAUUUGUCUUCAGAUCCCCCUUCGGCUAAGAAGUUUGAGGUCAAACAAGAACCAGGCGUACCCAUUGUGAUCUCUUCGGAUCCACCUUCCAAAGGCCAAUUCAAAUCUUCUCAAAUUAGUUUCUACGCUCAUGCAGAAGCUUUAGAACACUUUUUAGACCACUGCAACGUUCCUCACAAUGACAACACCACUAGAAUGAUCCUCAAGAGCGCCGGGGUCAACUCUUGGACCGACUUGAUUCCUAGCGUUCAAUUCACCAAAACCUCUUUGACGGCGAGGGGUAUGCACCCGGAUCUUGCCGCACACCUUCUCAGUGAGGCCAUGGAACGUGUUAAUGUUCUCAAGGGUGAGGACAAACACGUUCCUGAUGAAGAAUCCCCGGAAUUACACUCAGACACUAACCGACCUCCAUCCCCCGAGUUCUGA